GAGCUACAGUAGAUCAUCUUUAUAAACAUUAAAUUGCAGUAUAAAAUGCAAAGUCAUUAAUAAAUAUAAAACCUCCAAAAGCUGUAUGAUUAUUUAUCAUAACAGUCUUUAGAUUAAAAAUAGAGACAAGAGAGUAAAUAUAAUUGUGAGGAUGAUUUUAAUAAUGUAUUAAAAACAUUUAAAGCAGUUGUUUAAACAAAAAAAAUGUAUGAUUAAUCAAUUUAUUUUAGUUUAGGAUUGAUAACAAUCAGCCAUUUAUGAAAAAAAGAACUCCAAAUAAUAGAAAUAAAAAAGAGAAAUUUGAAUAAUAUGAGCAUGAAAUGAAUAUUAAAGCACAGAAAAGAAGAAUAGGAAGUGCUGGUUCUAUGUAAGAAAGAAAAAAGAAUUAAUUUGAUCCUAUAGCUCAUCCACCAGUAUUUUUUAGAAGAGAAGGACAAAAUCUAUCAAAUUGUCGACUUGAUAAUUUGAUGUAAUAUAUUGUAAUUUAUUAUAUAAAUCUAAAGUCUAAAGAGUAAUAGUCUGGAGAUAAAAUUAAUUUAAAUGCAUCAAUGAAAAAAUGGUAGAGAGCUUAAUCUUCAAAUAAAAAAUCAUAAAUAAAAAUAUAAUAAUUUGUUGCGGAAGUAGAAAAAUUAAAUGGAGAAUUUGUUUAUGAACUACCUAUAUUAAAAGGAUAAGAAAAAAAAGAUUAUUAUGAAUUAAAAAAAGAUUUAAUAAGUAAAAUUAAUAUAUUAUAUUUAGUGAUAAUAUUCAAACAUAGAAUAUAUAAGAGUGAAGAUUUAGAGGCUUUAUUUGGUAGAUUAUUAAUACAUAAUCCAUCAUUACAUAUGGUAUGGAUAGAAGAUAUAUUCAAUGAAAUAAGAGAGGAGUUUCUUGAUUUUGAGUGA